AUGACUCAUGAUGAUGGCGGGGUUGGAACUUUAGGUGCAUCGCAAGUGGCUUCAGGUUCAAGGUCUGUUACAAUGGACUCCGCUGAACUUGCUAGAAUUAUUCAAGAAGGGAUAGCGGUGGGUAUGCAACAAAAUACUCGAGCAGCAACAGGGUUCACCCCCAAUACACCAUUCACUCCAGAAGUCCUCUCACGCCCUCUUCCCGAUAGCUUCAAGUAUCCUCGGAUAAAGAAGUACGAUGGGAAAAUCGACCCCAUCAAUCAUCUCAAUGUAUACAUGGAUAUCAUGAACUUACAGGUUACACCAGAUGCAAUAAUGUGCAAGGCAUUCCCUCAAACCCGCACAAACGCAGCUAGAGAUUGGUUCUCUACAUUGGAACCUAACUCUAUCGCCUCUUUCUCAGAUUUGGUCAAUAAAUUCUCCGCUUUCUUUGCAAACAGCAAGCGAAUCAGAAAGAUAGCCGCAUUAUUCAUGCAGAUGUGUCAAGGACCCAAUGAGACAAUGUGUAGUUUCAUGACCAGGUUCAAUAAAAAAAGGCUUCAGAUCCCUGAUCUACAUAUCACCGUCGCAGUCUCAGCUUUGACAUACGCCAUUAAGUGUGAAGCAUUCAAGAUGUCCUUGUCUAAGACCCCGCCGAAGUCAGUCAUCGAGCUACUCACACGAGUUGAAAAGUACAUCAAUAUGGAAGAAACCAUGACCCUAAAAAGAGAAGUUUCCUCAUCAGAAAAGUCUAAUCAGAAAAGGUCGCAUGAGUCCAGUCUGAGACAAGAUAUACCUAGGGUUAAGCUAAGGCAGGACCCCUCCUUAACUUCCUUUACCCAUUUGAACACCUUAAGAUCCAACAUUCUGAUGGAGAUCAGGGAUUCGAAGGAACUAAAGUGGCCUCCCAGGUUGCGGUCUCUACUCGAUACUCGUGACAAGAGUAAGUACUGUGAUUUCCAUAGAGACCGCGGCCAUACAACAGAGGAUUGUUUCGCCUUAAAACAAGAGAUUGAAGCUCUUAUAAAAAGGGGUUUUUUAGGUUCUUAUGUUAGCAAUGACAAGCGCCCGAAGAAUAAUCAGAACAGAGACAAGGGCCUAGAGGGUCGGGGAAACAAGCAACCAAUCGCAGGUACUAUCAAUAUCAUUGUUGGAGGAACAACCUCAGGUAAAGAUUCUAGUAGAGGGUGUAAACAAUAUGCUAGGCAGCCUCCAGCCAUCUCAAGAUCAGACCUUGGCUCUACGGAGGACAUUACUUUCGGAACAGAGGACAUGGGAGGCAUAUCAUUCCCUCAUGAUGAUGCUCUAGUCAUAUCGGCCAUCAUCGCCAACUUUGAAGUCAAGAGAAUUCUGGUGCACAAUGGAAGUGCAACUAAUGUAUUGUCUCAUGAAGCCUUUGUUCAAAUGGGGAUCUCCUCGGAACAGCUCAAGCCAGUCAAACCACCUCUCUAA